AUGGCAGAUAGCUAUGACACGGAUGGCCACCCUGAGGAAGGUGAGAUAUCCCGCUCCUUUGAAGGUACCUCGUCGCCCCCUCCGGACUCCUCCAGCGAGACGUUCAGAUAUGAAAAGACCACUCUCACCCUUGAUGAUCUUGAUCCCGACGACUGGGACAUCACGGAGCGGCAGGCCAGCCUACCACAUCAUUAUAGCCCUCAACAACUGCUCUCUCUGGGGAUGCCAGCCGAGGGCUAUUGGAAAAUGACUCUGGACCUUUUUGAUCCUUAUUGGGUUGAUCCAGCGAUCACCUGGGCUGGACGUGCUGCAGAAGGCGUGCUGUUUAUGGAAGAUAUCGUGAGGAAUACGAUAGAUGGACCGUGGAUCUCGGAGCUGAGUAAGGCCGCGUACGAGCAUGUAGCCCCCCUUCCGACUCUACGACACGUUUUUGUGACUAACAUAAUCAAUAGGGAUACUCGUCCCGAUGUUAGGCGCCUUGUUACUGGACAUGAUUUGCAGCUGUUUGAGUCUGGUACCCCCAAAUAUCAGGCUAUGCUUGGGACUCGGAUUGGCAAGAUUGUGACGUAUCUGGUCCUGGGUGCAUUUGAUCGGGGGACUCGGAGCAUUUCCCGGAUUGCGGUUUGGUUCGCUGGUCGCCAACAUAUCCUGUUACACAUGCGGUUCGAUAUUGAGCCCCUUGAUGGUUGA